AUGUUGGCUGCUGUGGGAGUCCUCGUGGCAGCUGAGACGGCAGCUUCCGGGUUGGAGGACAGCGAGAGAAUGGAGGGCCGGCAACUUGCCGUGGCUAGCGUGAAAACCUGCCCUACUGACCGACUGCAGGGCGACCUGCCCAUCCCCUUCAUCGGCAUGCUCUCUCGUGGCCUUCCAGAGGGGGACACCUUGCGCACGAGGUUCGUUUACAUGGAGCACUUCAUGCGCUCGGUUCCCUUCUGGCAGCCGCUGAACGAUCCCAAGGAUGUGCUGCCCACCGCCCUGCACAUGCCGGAGGACGCGGCUCUGGCGGCGCGCCGAAUCGAUGCGCUCAUCGUGGGAGUGCUGACCAUCGGCCUUGCCCUCGUGGCGACAACCGUCCCAGUCGGGCUGGUGUCCUUAUUGGGAUCCUCAGGGUCAAAAGAAGAGGAAUCCCGUCUCCUAAUACAAGCCGAAGCGGGCGCAGGCGAAGCUUCUCAGGAGGAGGAGGAGUUCGAGAUGCGUUUGGGUCCGGUGAAGACCGCCGUCUUUGCAGUUUAUUAUGUCGGCAGCAUCGUCUUCUUGCUGGUCUUGACCUCCUGGUCGAAGUCCGAGAAUUUGAUGUUGGGCGGGGCGGGGCUAGACUGGGAAGUCAUUUGGUUGUGGCUGGUGGUCGUCCUUUCCACGGACGUGGUGGGGUAUUCCUGCCGUGCAGUGCAGGCGGCGAUCAUGAAGCGCCAACUCAGUCUUGCAGGCACUGCCAUCUCAACAGUGAUGAGCGUGCUGCCCGUUCUGGGGCCAAGGGUGGAUCUUCUCAAGGACUGUCUCUUUGCAGCUUCGGUGUUUCAGCUCGCGGCCUGCCAACACGACUCGUGGAGGCGUGCCGCAGGCUUUUGGAUUGGAAAUGCCUCGCUUCUGACGAUCUUCCUGCCGGUGCCUGCUUUGUUCUGGUUCGAAACGACCAGGAGUGCGGCAAGCUGA